AUGGCCGCCGUGCCACUCCGAAGAACCUCCCAACGGCAGCUCCGACGACCUCCAUCGAGGACUACCGCAACACGGAGCGAGGCCCAAGCUGCUCUGGCGACCCAGUCCAAGCCCCAAUCGACCCAGUACGAGGAUGAUAGCUCCGAGGACGAGAUCCCUGUGCCUAUGAAGCUAAGUGCUCUCACCAAAGCACUUCUCAACGAUGGUGGUGAACAAGAGGUAGCCCCGGAUGCUCGGGCACCCUCGUCACCGCCCCGAACUCGCCGCCAAGCAAGCGCCGCAGCAUCUGGUCCUGCUGCUGCUACUCGACGAAGUACCAGAGCUAGCAGCUCUCAAGUGCACGAUGCCUCCAGGACUUCGAGUCCCCCUCGCGAGCCAAGCCCGGCGAGGAAAAGAGUGGUACGCCUGAGCAACACUCCGCAAAGCCUCAACCAAAUGGGCAGCUCUACGUCGACGCGUCGAUCUACAUCUGGCUCCCAGCCGCAAACAGCCGCUAGACCCGGGCCAGGCUCUCGCCAGGACAGUGCCGACGGAAUACAAGAGGAGCAACAAGCUGAGGCCGGUGUCAAUACUCCUGCUCAGGGGCGAGUUGUCCGAAUUGCCGCUGGUUCGUCAGGCAACCGCAGCCGCCUCGGAUCAUCUGGGCCUUUGUCGGGUCGGUCAAACCUGGAUCGGUCAGCCAUGGACCGUUCUGCCGUGGAGAUGGAAGCUGAGCAUAUCGAGGCCCCUGACACAGCUGCCCGCAAUGCAGCCAUUGGCAGCACCAGUGUGUCCCGCUACCCAUCAACGAGAAGCAGAGAGGACAAUCCAAACCUGCAGAGCUCGAUGCGAGUCAAGCGUGUCGGCAAGCUAUCUGGCAGCUUUCUGAGUGGCCCUGCUCGCCGCGGUCGUCGUCGGCAAAGCGAAGAGGAGGGAGGAUACGGCGAAAUGGGCUCACAAGAACCUGAGGGUCAGGCUCAGGAGGAAGCUGGACAAGCCCCGUACUAUCCCGACUUCAACUCUGGUAGUCCUGUCAGUGGAAGCGCUGUUCGCGCCACCCACCGCCGGAAUGGUUCCAAGGUAGAGAUUCGCGCAGAUUCCGCCAAGGCGUCUCCCCAACCCCAAGAGCAUCGUGGUGCCCGUAACCCCGAGCCCUCCCGCAUAGGAGAUAUUGGCCACCUUGUCUCCGUUGGCCGUCUCCAGAUGCCCGCUACCAACGACAAGGAAAAUGAGAUCCCUUUCCACCAGAAAUGGGGCAAGUCUUCCAUUGGAGCUGACAAGCCACCUAUGGCGCCUCCUCGAAUCGAUAUCGCCAUUGACAAGGCCGCAUCCCCUGAGCGCAAACCCCUUACAGCCAUCGCUCGCAACACCACACCACAUCGAGCUGCACCGGCACCGCCACCCAAGAUGUCUGUCCUGGAGGCCGCUACCUCUACUGCUGGCGCCGCGGUGACCACCCAGACAAAGCAGCGCCGAAACAUUCUCAAGGUUAAUAACAAAGUAUAUACCCGCCUCGAAUGUCUUGGCCGCGGUGGAAGUGGAAAGGUCUACCGGGUCAUGGCCGAGAAUGGCACUAUGAUGGCCCUGAAGCGGGUCUCACUUGAGAACGCGGACGAGUCGACCAUCAAUGGCUAUCUAGGCGAGAUUGACUUGCUUAAAAAGCUUACCGGCGUCGAUCGCGUCGUUAAUUUGUUUGAUUCGGAGAUGAACCAGGAAAAGCAAAUGCUGAGUUUGGUCAUGGAAAUGGGCGAGAGAGCUCUGGACAAGGUCUUGCAGAAUCAUCAGUCUGCCGAGUCCGCCAGGCUUGACCCCGUCUUCAUUCGCUUCUACUGGAAAGAGAUGCUGGAAUGUGUACAGUCUGUUCACAACCACGCCAUUGUUCACUCGGACCUAAAACCUGCCAACUUUGUUCUCGUGCAGGGCCGCUUGAAGCUUAUCGACUUUGGCAUCGCCAAUGCUAUUCAGACCGAUGAGACCGUCAACGUCCACCGCGAGACACAGAUUGGCACACCCAACUACAUGUCGCCCGAGUCACUCAUGGAUUCCAACAGUGCCCGCGGACCACGUGUCCCUGGCCGCCCCAAGCUGAUGAAGCUUGGCAAGCCUAGCGAUAUUUGGUCACUUGGAUGCAUUCUCUACCAGAUGGUCUAUGGUGUGCCGCCUUUUGGCCACAUUGUCAACCAGAUGGCUCGUUGUCAAGCCAUCAUCAACUGGGAUCACACCAUCGAGUUCCCUACCCGUGCCACAGGCGGCUUCCUCGUGCCGCCUUCCCUGAUCCGAACCAUGAGACGAUGCCUCAUCCGCGAUCAGCACAUGCGCCCUACUUGCGAAGAACUUCUUCACUACUCUGACCCCUUCCUUUACCCCGCCGAAAUAAGUGACAAGGCCCUCCCCAUCGAUGAGGAGCUUCUUGGCCGCAUCAUUCAGAGUGUUGCCACUCGCUGCCGCGAGCGCAUGCCAACGGAAGCGGAAGCGUCAAAUGUCUGGCCGCAGGCAUACUGGGCCAGCAUACGCAAAGCAAUGGUUGGGAAAAUGUAA